AUGGGCCCCGAGAUCACCAACAAGCUGGCAGCUGACUCGUCGCCCGGUAGCGGUGCAACAAAGAAACCAUUGCUCAGAAAACCCUUAAAUUCGCCAGGCGACAAGGCGAACCUUGUCGAGUUUUGGCGAAACCCAGAUGCAGGCAGUAUCUACAAACACACGGAGAUUGGCACCUUUCCUAUAACGCCAUGUCUAGUGCAGCACGCGCGGCUGUCCGAAGCCGUGACUGCGGCGAGGAAGCCGCUGGAGGUGAUGGAUAUGUGCUGUGGGACAGGCGUCGUGUCGUCUUACAUACAAUCCAUGAUGCGGGAGAUGAACCCCGCGGAACGGGAGAAGGUGAGGCUCACGAGCGCGGACUCGAGCGAGGCGCAGUUAAAGAUUGUGAAGGAGAAGAUUACGAAGGAGGGGUGGCUUGGAAGUAAGGUUGUUCAGGCUGAUAUCAUGAAUAUGGCGUUUCCCUCGGAUCACUUUGAUGUUAUCAUUGUUGCUAUGGCGCUGAUGCUCGUUGCGGACCCUUACACUUCGUUGAAUGUAGAAUGCUACCGCGUCACCAAGCCCGGCGGUACUCUCGCGACCUCGACCUGGGUAACGGAAGGCUGGAUUCCCGAUACACGCGAUGCCGUCGCUUCCCUCUGCCUGCCUGGUCAGCCUCCAGUCUCCUGGCCGCAGUCCUCUAUAGAGCUUACAAGCCUCUGGGGCCCUGGCGCGUGGGAGUCACCGACAUUCGUAAAGUCCAUGUUCACGGCCGCCGGAUUUGUGGACGUUGAGGUGAACGUCGUGACCAAGUGGGUGCGGUACAGCGGAGUUGAUGAGUGGUGUUUGGUUUUCCAAGCAUUUAUGCACGGCGUUAUAGAGAGGUUCUGGACAAGAGAGCAGAGGGACAAGUUGCAAGGGAAGUUGAUGCCGACACUGAGGGCGUUUCUAGAGAAGAAGUACCAGGGGCAGCCCCUCGAGAUUGAGAGGACCAUCUUGCUUGCGAGGGGAAGAAAGCCUGAGCUGUAG